CAAAGCUCUUCCUGGAGCAGCAGAGCUUUUUAGAAAUCUCUUAAGGAUUGCACAGGACAAGAUUGCGACGAUCAUCAUGGCAUCUUGGGACGAUUCCUUGCGGGAGGAUUGGAUUGGGGAUAGAUUUACGGAGCUUAUUUAUGUAGAUCACUUCAGUGAAGCGCAGGCCAGGGAAUUUUUUAGUGGUUUACUAGUUAGUCAAGUGAGUAGUAGCAGCGGUAGCCCGGGACAUGGAUGGUGGCGGCGAUGGUGGAGGUGGAGUUGCGGUAAUCCUCUUCCCCCUCCAGCAGCUCCACCUCGAGUUCUUUCUUUGAAUGACGAAGAGUGGGGCAAGAUCUAUCGAGUUUGCGGCGGCUGUCCAUUGCUGUUAAAGCGUUGCGCAAAUCAAGUGUUCUCCGUAAACAUCAUGCCACUGGACAACUCUCUUGGCACCAUGGCCGCAUCGGUGGCAUCUCUUGUUUCUUUUGGAUUGGAAGGCGACGAUCAAGGGUGGGAUGUCGAGAUGUUUAAGCGAGUGAUGGAGCUCUUGGUGGACAGGGAUGGAGCCGUGGAAUGGGCGACUGUUUGUAGCAAAGUGUUUGGCGGUGACGAGGGAGCUUGCAAGGCUCAGCUCAAGGCCAUGGCAGCAAACGGCGUCAUCCAUAUCAAGUGCGUGCCUAGUGAAUCGAUUAAGAUGGUGGAGCCGAUUUCUCCUCCCCAUCUCCAGGCAAUGAGAGACGAGCUGGAGCACUCCGGCUACGACAGUGACGACGACGAUUAAGCCUGUUUUGAUGUUCGGG